GGAUUUCUCACCCUCGGAAGUGGACUUUCGGGGAGGCGCACUUGCAAUUUAUGGGGAAAUUGGGCGAAAUUAGAGGCAAACAAUGCUUUUGCCCAUGCGCAGGCCUAUAAAGAGGCCCCUGUGACCCGGUCCAUCGCCAUGUCUUUUCUCAUCGCGCCCAUUCUUAACUCCUGCAGCGAGUGUGAGGAUCAGCCAUGGCGCGACUCAUACACUUGUGUCUUCUUUUCCUUUCCAGUCUGGGCUUGGUGACAGCUGCUGCCCAGAACCAAACCGAGACGGGAUGGCCCCUUCACGAUGAUGGCCUGACCACGGCCGUGCAAUGGGAUCACUACAGCUUCCAGGUCGACGGCCAAAGAGUCUUCGUCUUCUCCGGCGAAUUCCACUACUGGCGCAUCCCAGUCCCUGGUCUCUGGAGGGAUAUUCUCGAGAAGAUCAAGUCGGCUGGCUUUACGGCAUUCACCUUCUACUCAAGUUGGGCGUGGCAUUCGCCCAACAACCACACGGUCGACUUCACCACCGGCGCUCGUGACAUCACGCCCAUCUUUGAGCUUGCCAAGGAGCUUGGGAUGUACAUUAUCGUGCGUCCUGGGCCGUACAUCAAUGCCGAAGCCAGCGCCGGUGGCUUUCCCCUCUGGCUGACGACUGGCGACUAUGGGACUCUGCGGAACAACGAUUCGCGGUACACCGCGGCUUGGAAACCAUACUUUGAGAAGAUGUCGCAGAUUACCAGCGAUUAUCAGGUCACGAAUGGCCAGAACACGCUCGUCUACCAAAUCGAGAACGAGUAUGGCGACCAAUGGCUCACUAGCCCAAGUGAGAGGGAUCCUAACAUGACUGCAAUCCAUUACAUGGAGCUGCUCGAGGCGAGCGCCCGUGAGAAUGGCAUUCUCGUGCCCUUCACUGCCAACGAGGCCAAUAUGGAUGCGAUGUCUUGGGGCCCUGACUGGUCUAAUGCUGGUGGCAAUGUUGAUGUUGUUGGCUUGGAUUCCUAUCCUUCUUGCUGGACUUGCGAUGUUAGUCAAUGUGACUCGACGAACGGAGCGUAUGUCGCCUACCAGGUGGUCGAAUACUACGACUAUUUCCUCGAUUUCUCCCCGACUUCGCCGUCAUUCAUGCCUGAGUUCCAGGGUGGUUCUUACAACCCUUGGGGUGGCCCUGAGGGAGGGUGCAGCAGUGAUACCGGUCCGGACUUUGUCAACCUGUUCUACCGGUGGAACAUUGCCCAGCGGGUUACAGCCAUGAGCUUGUACAUGCUGUACGGAGGAACCAGCUGGGGUGCCAUCGCUACGCCCGUCACGGCUACUAGCUAUGACUAUUCCGCACCUAUCUCCGAAGAUCGCUCUAUCGGUUCGAAGUUCUACGAGACCAAGUUGUUGUCUCUGUUUACUCGCAGUGCCAAGGACCUUACAAUGACGGAUCUGAUCGGAAACGGGACUCAGUACACCAACAACACGGGUAUCAGCGCGUUUGAGCUGCGGAAUCCCGAGACCAACGCCGGAUUCUACGUUACGCUCCACGCUGACUCGACCAGUGACAGCAACGUCGCCUUCAAGCUGCGUGUCAACACCUCCGUGGGAGCUCUCACGAUCCCCAGAACCGGGGGCGCAAUCCGCCUCAACGGCCAUCAAUCCAAGAUCAUCGUCACCGAUUUCACGUUCGGGAACGAGACUCUCCUCUACUCUACUGCCGAGGUUCUCACUUACGCCAUCCUGGAUGACGAGCCAACUCUUGCACUUUGGGUACCGACCGGCGAAUCCGGCGAGUUUGUGAUUAAGGGCACGAAAUCUGGAUCCGUUGUAUCCCAAGGUCAAGGGUCUGAGGUGGAGUUCCACCAGGAGAGCGGCAAUCUCGUCGUCGCGUUUACGCAGUCCGCGGGAAUGAGUGUUGUACAGCUCGAUGGCCGCAUCCGAGUAGUCAUCCUCGACAGGACUGCGGCCUACGAAUUCUGGGCUCCUGCUUUGACGGAAGACCCUCUGGUUCCCGAAACUGAGGCUGUCCUUGUCCAGGGCCCGUAUCUCGUUCGUUCUGCCAGCGUGGAGUCAUCAACCCUUGAACUCAAGGGUGACUCGGUCAACGAGACGGCGCUGGAGAUCUUCGCGCCUAAGACGGUCAACUCUGUCACAUGGAAUGGCAAGCAGGUCAAGACCUCCAAGACCUCAUAUGGCAGCCUCAAGGCUAGCAUUGCUGCCCCUGCCUCCAUCAAGUUGCCAGCCCUCACCUCAUGGAGAUCAAACGACAGUCUCCCAGAGCGACUUUCCACGUACGAUGACUCCGGCCCGGCCUGGGUUGAUGCCAACCACAUGACAACCCUCAACCCCAGCCCACCCGCCACGCUCCCCGUCUUAUACGCGGACGAAUACGGCUUCCACAACGGCGUCCGUCUCUGGCGCGGCUACUUCAACGGCACCGCCUCCGGCGUCUUCCUCAACGUGCAAGGAGGCGACGCCUUCGGUUUCUCCGCCUACCUGAACGGCCAGUUCCUGGGCUCCUACUUCGGCAACGCCUCCAUCGAACAAGCCAACGAAACCUUCUCCUUCCCCAGCAACGCCACUCUCACCACCCAGAACACUCUCCUCGUCAUCCACGAUGACACCGGCCACGACGAAACCACCGGCGCGCUCAACCCCCGCGGAAUCUUGUCCGCCCAACUCCUCACCGCCGACAACACCCCCGCCCAGAACUUCACUCACUGGCGCGUCGCCGGCACCGCCGGCGGCGAGUCCAACCUCGACCCCGUCCGCGGCGCCUGGAACGAAGACGGCCUCUUCGCCGAGCGUGUGGGCUGGCACCUCCCCGGCUUCGACGCCAGCUCCUGGCCUGUCACAUCCUCCCUCUCCUUCACCGGCGCCACCGUCAAAUUCUUCCGCACCACCGUCGACCUCGACAUCCCCCGUGGCCUGGACGUCUCCAUCUCCUUCAUCCUGGGCACGCCCACCAACGCGCCCAGCAUCGCCUACCGCGCGCAACUCUUCGUCAACGGAUACCAGUACGGCCGGUUCAACCCCUACAUCGGCAACCAGGUCACGUUCCCUGUUCCUGUCGGUGUGUUGGAUUACACGGGCGAGAAUACCAUCGGUGUGGCAGUUUGGGCGCAGACGGAGGAUGGCGCGGCCAUUGAUGUCGAUUGGCAGGUGAAUUAUGUGGCGGAUAGUUCGAUGGAUGUUUCGGGGUUGGAUACGGCGGCGUUGAGACCCGGCUGGAGUGCGGAGAGGUUGCAAUUUGCGUGAUUGUGAAGUCGGCGGGGCGGAGCGGAGGGAAGGGAAGGAUGAAAAAUGAUGAGUGUGAUGAUCAUAAUGUUUUAUGUUGUUUUAAUUAUUGUGGUAUAUAAGUAUCUUGUGUUUGGGAAGGGGAGAUAUCUAUCUG